AAUCCGUGUUGACAAAAACUGAGCAGGGAAACGACAAUGUCGCGUUUGAUUUUGACAGACUACGAAAUAUCGAUGAAAACAGGAUUUCUACUUGACGAACCCCUGAUACGCCUCCCGUCCUACUUCGACCCCUGGACCAGGUUGGCACUCAGUCUCGUCAAGCGCAUCGAAACCAAGACUUUGAGGGAUGAAAUUCCAAAGCUUCCUGUGUUAGACGUGAGCUGUCUGUCCGGAGAAAAGGAGGUCAAGUUGGCCCAUAUGCAGCUGGUGUUCAUCACAUCUGGCUAUCUCUGGAUGGACUCCACCGAUGUGCCCAGGGUUCUUCCUCCACCUCUCGCUGUACCGCUGUACGCCAUGUAUGAGAAGUAUGGCAUGGCGCCUGUUAUCACGUACGCUGACGUGAUCCUCAGCAACGCUGUCUUCAAAGAUCCGAACAGACCUGCGUCUGUAGAGAACCUGGCGGCUAUUGUUGCCAUUCCUGGCAGGUCCCAGUGGGACUGGUUCUUCGCCGUGGGGGCAAUGGCGGAACUGGACUUUGGCGCAGCAAUGAAGGUACCAACCAAGUCUCUAAUCUCACGACUCUAUCUUCCUUCAGCCAUAAUACCGACUUACAAACAUAAUCUUUCAGUCUUACUAUUAUUUAGUGAUGAUUUGUAG